UCUUCCAUUAUUAUAUUUUCUUCCUUUUUCUUUUCAUUUUUAAUUCUCAUUUUCUGUUAAUCUCUUCGAUUUCUCUCUCUCCACCUGUCUUCCUGCUUUUCCUUGCUCUUACCUACCCGUCUUCCUCUGAUUUCCAGGAAUAUCACUCUUGGUUGAUCCGCCAUGAGGAAGGCGGAGGAAAGAGUAAAGUGAAUUUUCAGGCUUGGACUCUUGAACGUCCAUGUGCUAAUGUGCGCUUGCUAGGGGAAGUUGAUAUUCCCAGGAGAUGACAAAGCACCGGUUCAGGAAUUCUUUGAAGUCUCUAUUUGGGAGUUACCUUGAUCCAGAAACAAAUGAACGGCUCAAAGGAAAUAAAUCAGUUAUCGAGGACAAGGUGAAUAAAAUUAGACAACUCAUAAAAGGUGAAGAUCUAGGAGUAGAAGACCACGACCAAUCAGAAAUUCGCAAGAAACAGUCCAUUGAUGAAUUAAUUGAUGAUUUCCUUAACGUUUAUCAGGCCCUCUAUGAACAAUACGACAGCCUAACCGGAGAAUUGAGAAGAAAAUUUCAAAAAAGAAGAGAAAAGGAAAGCUCUUCAUCUAGUUCAUCCGACUCGGAUUCAGAUGAUUCUUCAAAGAAAAAGGUCAGCAAAGAUGAUCGAGGGUUGGAGAGAGAAUUCCAAGAAGUUGGUGAAAUCAAGCAGGAACUUGACGCAGCACUUUCAGAAGUAGCCGAUUUGAAAAGGAUAUUGGCAACUACAAGUAAAGAACAUGAAUCCCUAAAUUCAGAACAUCUGACAGCUUUAAGUAAGCUACAAGAAGCAGAUGGAAUUAUUAGAGAUUUGAAGGUUGAAGCUGAGACUUGGGACUCUCAGAAGUCUAAAUUUCAGCUUGAAAUCGAAGAACUGAAUCUGGCGUUAAGUAAUGCUGAAUCUGAGUUGAAUGAGAGAUUAAAAGGUAUGGAAACAGAGAUGAAUAACUACAUUGAAGAAAAGGAGACUGCAAGGAGGAAGAUUGAAGAAGGGGAAAAAACUAUAGAUGAAUUGAAGGCUUUGGCUGAUCAGUUGAAGGAGAAGUUGUCAGCCACAAUGGAAGAAAAGGAAGCUCUGAACUCACAGCACUUGAAAACUUUAAGUAGGGUACAUGAAGCAGAUAUGAUCACAAGAUAUUUGAAGGUUGAAUCAGAAACCUGGGGUGUUGAAAAAUCUAAAUUUCUUCUCGAGAUUGAAGAGCUGAAUCAGAAACUGGGUGCUGCCGGAAAAUUGGAAGCGCAAUUGAAUGAGAGGUUGAAAGAUAUUGGAAUUGAAAACGAAUAUUUGAUCAAGGAAAAGGAAUCUGCGCAGAGGACGAUUGAAGAGAUGAGUCAGAGGCUGAGCAAUGCUGUUAAGAUAGAAGCAGAACUCAGUGGAAGAUUGAAAGAUAUUGAAACUGAGAAAGAUGGGUUGAUCAAGGAAAAGGAGAUUGCAUGGAAGGAGAUUGAACAAGGUAAACGAGUUAGAGAAGAAUUAAACGCCAUGGUUGAUCAACUGAACAGUCAAUUGACAAUUACAGCAGAAGAAAAGAAAUCUCUCAAUUUACAACUUGAAAAGGAGAAAGUUGAGUUGUUGAGAUCAAUUGCUGAUCAUCAAAGAAAUCUGAAGGAACACGAGGAUGCAUACAAGAAGCUAAAUGAUGAGUUUCAAGAAUGUAAGCUAAAGCUUGAUAAUGCAGAAAUGAAGAUGGCAGAAAUGAGUCGAGAGUUUCAUAAUGACAUUAGAUCAAAGGAGCAAGUGAAAGAUGACCUGGAGCUAAUGGUUGAGGAUCUUAAAAGAGAGCUGGAAGUAAAAAGUGAUGAGAUAAAUAGCCUAGUUGAAAACGCUCGCACGAUCGAAGUCAAGCUUCGGUUAUCAAACCAGAAGCUUCGUGUUACAGAACAAUUAUUAACUGAAAAGGAAGAGAUUUUUCGGAAAGCUGAAUUGAAAUAUCAAAAGGAACGGAAAUUGCUUGAAGAAAGAAUUCAUGGACUAUCUGCAACAGUUGUUGCUAACAAAGUAACGUAUCAAAAGGCGAUAUCAACUGUUUCAGAAAACAUUAACAGUAACCUCUCUCAACUGGAAUGUGUCAUCAGGAAAUUCAUAUUGGAGUAUGCAAAGUAUGAGAAGUGUGUUAUGGAGACAUCCCGCGAUCUACGGCUUACAAAGAGUUGGGUUUCAAAUGCUAUUGAAGAAACAGAAGGCCUAAAAAAAGAGGUGGCAGACCUUGGGAAACAACUUGAAGAUAAGAAAGAGAGGGAAUCCAUAUUAGUACAACAGGUUGAGAAGUUGGAGAUUAAGGCCAACAAGGAAGGAUCUGAGAAGGAUGGAUUGGUUGAAGCAAUCCACGAACUUGAAAAGAGACAGAGAGAAUUGGAGAAGAUGAUGGAAGAGAAGAAUGAAGGUAUGGUGGAUCUGAAAGAGGAGAAGAAAGAAGCGAUAAGGCAACUUUGCAUGUUGAUAGAGUAUCAUCGGGACCGCUAUGAUUUUCUCAAGGAUGAGGUCUUGAAGUUGAAUGUUAAAGGAGGCCAGAGUGUAAGAUAGUAAGUAUGUUCUAAAAAAGAAUGGAGAUCAUUCGAGAAAUAAAUCAAAAUUGUAGAAAAACGACAACGGUAAGGGUAUUUUAGGAUCCUUUUCUCUAAAGAGCAAAUUCUCUAUAUUCAAAAGAGAAUUUGACGUUGUAGGUAGAUGUAAAAUUGCAAAAUAGAUCCCUAAUUUUGAUUAGGGUAUAUGAGAUCUUCACGUAGAAAUAAAAAAAAUUUAAAUGCACUAGAGGAGACAUAAAUUGCUCGAGAUCUAGGCCUAGUCGUGUCGACAAAGAUUUAUAGAGUUUGAGAAAGACGACUCAAUAAAUUAUUUCUUUUGUAUA